CACAUGUUCAAAGUUUUAAUAUGAGAAUUGUUCAUCUCAGUGAUUUCGAAUUAAAAAUGUUCAACAUUCAAUUCGUCCUGUAAAAUGAAGCGUUCAUCGCUAACCACCUUCAAUCAGCGAUAGAGAGAACAAUCUAGCGGCGGGAUAAAGUCUAAUCUUCAAGUAAAAUGAAUAUUUCGAACGUUCAUUUUGAGUAUACCCACUUCUGAAUAUGUAAUGGGAACUAAAUAACCUAUUCAAAGAGAGCACAGGCAUGUCAAAAUAUGGAGCUCUUACAGGGCCCAAAAGAGUAGCCAACCUUCUUACACAAAAGCUGCCACUGCAAAUCUUCAGAUUCCAAUAUCAAACCAAGAUGGCCGUGAAUGUUCAUAAAUGAGCGUUCUUCCGCAAAAAUGAGUAAAUUCACGCAGAAACAAGUCAAAUACGUGUUUACAAACGAGGGAUCGUAACGACUGUAAACAUAAAUCACUUUACAUAAUUUGAAUUCACAGGUAUAGGCUGCUCAUUGGUACCUAAUAGCUCCAUGACCUAAUCCCAAAAAUACCGACAUGUCGCGUACUAUCCCUAAAUAGGUGCUGUAGUAUAGGAACUUUUCAAGGGGAAUCAUUAAGAGAUCUUGCAUGUUGAACUUUGUUAACGAUGAAUAAAUGCUACCGUACCAAUUGACGAUGAUGCGGUUGAGCAGAAUUUUGUACUUGCAACGUGUCACAGCCCGUGGCGGUUUGCUUUUGUAUUGCCUCAUUCAAAUUUUGCCGAUCAAUGGAGAACCUUUUGACUUUGGCUACUGGAAGAAGAACUGGAGCGAAUGUUUAGAGGAACAUAAAAUUAUCCCAGAUGUGAUCGCCAAAAAGCCACCAAAUUGGUUAGAGGCAUGCUACGUCAUAUAUUCCGUCAGCUAUGGCAACCACCUGUCUCAGUUUUACAUAGAUGAACCUCCAAAUGACAUGAAAUGGAAACAUGAGAACGAUUCGGAAUAUUUCACCGCACUUUUAACGGGUCCAGAUGCACCGGUGGAUUUUGACCCAUCAGAGCGGGAGUGGCUACACUGGCUAGUUGUGAAUAUUCCAGGAAAUAACUACAGGAAAGGAGAAGUUCUAACUGAAUACGAGGCUCCGGGGGACUGCUAUGCCACAGGUCGUCACCGUUACGUUUUUGUCGUCUUUAAACAACCGGGAAAUAAGAAAAUGAAAUUUCAUGAGACAACAAUUUCUAAAGGAGAAAAAGAUGAAAACAGGAGAGCCAAGUUUUCAACGUUGGGUUUUGCGAAAAAACACGGCCUGGGCGACCCAUGGGCAGCAAACUUUUUCAUAACAGAUUUAGAUGAUUUGUUUUCAGACGACAAUAUACAACCAUUAUAGACCUUAAAGAAUUUUAAAGAAACAAAAUCUAUUGUUAUCAUUUGAAUGUUAUUAAUUUUAUGAUUUUUUUUUGUAAAAAAUGAACAAUAAUAAAAUUACAAGAGGUUACUGAUUAAACUAAAA